GAACUGAAACAAUGAAAUGGAUCGCGAGUGUCGCCCGUCCCCGUCCGUCGCCUCCAUCUGAACGAACUUUAGGCCCAGGAACCGGGCACCGAGAGGGUCUGGGGGAAGCAACGCUGGAGACUGGAUCUAGGAAGAAACACGGCCUGGGAUUCGAAGGGAACGCGGUUAAGGUGGCGGCCUGGGAUCGCCUAGGACGGGGGAGGCGUCUGCAGGCUCAGAAGUUGGCCGGGCGGGAGCGGAGAUUUAAAGGCUGGAGCGCAGAGACUCUUAAAGAGGCUCGGGCGAAUUCCCAUUCGGCGUCCACUUUAAAGCCAGCUCCGCCGCGCCGAGGGUCGGACCUGGACUCCAGCGUGACGGUGUGCGAUCGAGAAGUCGGAGACGAUCGAGACCCCAGUGAGAAGGGCCUGCCCACCGCGCAGAAAGCCCCUUUCAUGGUCUGACCUACCAGCAACAUGGCGACCAGUGCCGUCCCCAGCGACAACCUCCCCACGUACAAGCUGGUGGUGGUGGGAGACGGGGGUGUGGGCAAGAGCGCCCUCACCAUCCAGUUUUUCCAGAAGAUCUUUGUGCCUGACUAUGACCCCACCAUCGAAGACUCCUACCUGAAGCAUACAGAGAUCGACAACCAGUGGGCCAUCUUGGACGUUCUGGACACAGCCGGACAGGAGGAGUUCAGCGCCAUGCGGGAGCAGUACAUGCGCACGGGGGACGGCUUCCUCAUCGUCUUCUCGGUCACGGACAAGGCCAGCUUCGAGCACGUGGACCGCUUCCACCAGCUCAUCCUGCGCGUCAAGGACAGGGAGUCAUUCCCGAUGAUCCUCGUGGCCAACAAGGUCGAUUUGAUGCAUUUGAGGAAAAUCACCAGGGAGCAAGGAAAAGAAAUGGCCACCAAACACAAUAUUCCGUACAUAGAAACCAGUGCCAAGGACCCACCUCUCAACGUCGACAGAGCCUUCCAUGACCUGGUUAGAGUAAUUAGGCAACAGAUUCCGGAAAAAAGCCAGAAGAAGAAGAAGAAAACCAAAUGGCGGGGAGACCGGGCCACUGGCACCCACAAACUGCAGUGCGUGAUAUUGUGAUGGCCCGAGGCCCUGGGCACAGUGACCGGGAACUGGCCAGCCCUUGGGACCCCUCCGCUGCCUAACCGCACUGAAGACCAUUCUAACCAUGACCCUUGGCCCGAGGACUUGACACAGGAAGGGAGAGAGGGAGGGUGGGCAGGGAGGAGGUGGAGUCUGGCUUUGCUGGAAGGGCACGGGCUGCCCUGUGUCUCAGCAGCAACCGAGAGGCAGCAGUAAACAAAGCAGCAUCCGAGUCCCUGUGUUGAUGCAGCCCGGUCCCUCCCCGCUCUUGGUGGCUGUGUUGUUUCUUUGAACUACAUAGUGUGGGUUUGAUGUGGAAGUGUUUCUCCACGUACAAAAACAAGCCAUGAUCACGCCCCCCCCCCCACCCCACCCCCGGUCCACAGUGUCUGAGCUUGGGUGUCUUUUGUAGAUUUUUAAAUUAUUUUAGGGAUUAUUAUUUUAUUAAAGGGGUCUGUGCCCACUGCCUGGUGAAGUUUCAAGUCUUCAGCAGACCUCUUCUAUAACAUGUCUGGAAUAUGGUUGUUUUUUAACUGAAUUUUCCCAGCCGUGCCAAAACGCAGCUCAACAUGAAAGCAGAGUGACCGAGAGACCAGAAGUUCACGGGGACCGUGGCUGGAGGCCUCGGGAGAAACAGACCCUACUCGUGGCCUACUAUAAACUGGAGAGAAGAGAGAUGUGUGUACCCAGAAGGUUUUACUGUGGUUGAGGAUAUGCAGAUAUUAGGAAACAAAAUUUUGUUUUGCUGAGGGGAGAGGCGGGCACGUCAGUUUUAAAAGGGCUUCUCAUUACCCUGGAAAUAUAUAAAUUUUAAGUAAGUUUACUGGAGUCACAAAA